CACAACUUCUAGUAGCUGCAGCGGGUGUUUGACGUAGAAAAGAUUCUGCGGGAAAAAAUUAGACGGCAUGGCGGGGCGCGGGAAAAGAAAACCCAAAAAUUUGAUGCAGACAGAAACGUCAAAUGGGAACGUGAAAAAAGUAAAAGAAGAUCAGAGGGAUGAGAAGGCAGCAGUUGCAGGAGAGAUGAGAGAGGAAGUGGAGAGAUUGUAUAAACUACGCAUGCCUGAGGACUUCUACCAGUUUUGGGAAUUUUGCAAGGGGCUUAAUGCAGACUGUCCACAAGAUGCCCUAAAUAAAACACUUGGGCUUCAGCUGGUUGGCCCAUUUGAUAUCCUAUCCAAAAAGCACAAACGAUCAGCUUCCUCUCAGCCCAACUUCUAUCUUCACUGGCGUCAUUUCUAUGAUCCCCCAGAGUUCCAGACCAUCAUACAGGGCAACAGAGAGACGCAGCACCACAUGGGCUAUUUCAGAGAUACACCCGAUGCCUUACCUGUGUUUAUUGGUGAAAAUGAAGCCAAGAAGGGCUGUACCAUUACACAGAUGGGGGACAACAUCUUUGCUGCAGUUUUGCUGUUUUUGAAGAAGAAAAGGAAGGAGAGGGGACAACAGAAGGAUGAAGCUGCUUUGGACAUUUUAGAAGAAGAUUUGAAGCAAGAAGCAGAGAGGUUAGGUUUGCCCCUUGAGCAGAAGACUAAAGCAAUGAAACAAAGAGAAAGAAAGGUUGUCACAAAGACAUUUCAUGGAGCAGGAAUUGUGGUUCCAGUGGAUAAAAAUGAUGUUGGAUACAGAGAAUUACCAGAAACUGAUGCUGGUCUGAAGAAGAUUUGCAAAGCGAUUGCAGAGGCCAAAGAUGAUGCUGAGAGGAUUAAAGCAUUCGCUCCUAUCCAGGAAAUGAUCACCUUUGUUCAGUUUGCCAAUGAUGAAUGUGACUACGGCAUGGGCUAUGAGCUUGGGAUAGACCUGUUUUGUUACGGCUCACAUUAUUUCUAUAAAGUGGUAUGUCAGCUGCUGCCAAUGGCAUACAAUCUGUUGAAGAGAGGUCUGUUUGGAGAGAUACUGGAGGCGCAUCUUGCCAACCGUUCCCAGGACAACCUUGACCAGCUCGCUGCUGUUUGACGUAUUGCGAGAGGAUGAUAAGCUGUAUUCAGAAUGACUUCCUGUAAAACAUGUUGGGGUGGUGUGAGAGAUGAUACACUGCACUGAAUUGUGCUGUUAGGCAGUGCUUUUCAAUUCAAUAUGCAACUAAGCCCAAGACUUUUCAGAUUGUUAGUUUCAAAAACAAAAAUGACUUUGUUUUAUAAAAGUAUGUAAAAGCAAAUUAAUUUGAGCAUUAAUUAAUUAAUCUCUUUCGGCUGAUAGGUUAGCCCUACAUUCAGUUUCAUUCAGUGCCGUUUUCAACUAUCAACAUUUUGUCAGUAAUGCUUUGCCUUUCCAAACCUGGUUUCCUUUCAUUCACAGUCAGUCCUCUUUACCAAAUAAGUUACAACUGCUGAGAAUUCAGUAUGUUACAUUACUUAUUUAUGAUUCAGCUUUCUGCAUUUUCCAUUAACAUAUUUUGCAUAACCCAGUUUCUUGAAUGCAAAAGUCUCUUUAACCUACUCGUUUAUCAGUACAGUGAAUAAAGAUCUCUGCAGUGCUGAUCAACAGCUUGGCUGUGGUUUUGUUUAAUACAGCAUGAAAAGUGAGUUUAAGUUGAGAUACGAAAACAGAACGUUAUACGGUUUUAUUUUUAUCCUGCUCCUUGGCCCUACAGUACAUCGUCCAAGUGACUUUAAUUUGAUGCCUAUGGUUGUUAAAAUGUUACUCUUGAGUAAAUUGUACUGAGAACCUUUAAUUUAGUUUUCCACUGUCAAGGUAUAACUGUGUUUGCCAAUAUUGUAAUAUAUGGUAAUUCCAUUAUUGUCAUCCAGUACUUAUGUUGUUCUUUUUUCCAAAGUAGAUGUUUAAUAAAGUGUAUAUUUUUUA